AUGGCGACGUUUUUCUUGCAUAAAGAAAAACGCAAGGAAUUCAGCUUCACUUGCAUCAAGCUGUUUUGUGGCCUAAAACGAAUCAGCAAGAGUGAUGCUCGCCAUUAUUUACCAUCUGGAACUCAAAUGGAGGACUAUUUUGAGCGCAUCGUAAACCUUGCUUGGCAGUUACGACAACACUUGACACAAUUCAUAGAAAAUGUGUUUGGGUGCAUUGAUUGGAUUCCUCAAUGUCAUGAAGUCCAAUUCUCUGCUUACUAUGGAGGAUCAUUGCCUGACACUGAAAGAUAUGUUCAUGGACAGAGUUCUGCGUUGUCCAUUAGCAAUACUACAGAAGAGUUAUCCAUUAGUAGUACUACAGAAGAACAGACUGCACAUAGGAUAUCUGAGAUCACAAUUUUCAGAAAUGGCGUAUCCGAAAUUUGUCAAAGAUCAUAUGCUAGCUGGUCAUCCUAUAUUUUGCGUGGCUACAGAUUGGGACAAAGAUUGGCACUCCAUUUGCGAGGGCUGUGCAGUCUUUUUGUAAAUGAGAUUAAUACCAACCUAACCAGGUCCUUGCAUCGUUUCUGGACAACAUUACAGGGCUCUUCUGAAGAUAUAGGGUGGUUGCAAAGAACUCAAACGUCGCUUUAUACAGUUGAUGGCACAUCUCGCUUUCAGGAGCUUUUGCAUGAUGUCAGAAAUGGCAUGCAUUCCCUGCCUGAUACACUGGUUUACUUGCUCAUCCCUGGCCUUUUUAGCAACCACAGUCCACUUUACUUUCUCAACACUAAAAGAUUCUUUUCAAAGAUGGGGCUUACUUGCCAUAUUGCAAAGAUUCAUAGUGAGGCAUCAGUGGAGAAAAAUGCACGGGAACUGAAACUAUACAUCGAGGAGCUCUACUGGGGAUCUGGCAAACAGGUUUUGCUCCUGGGACAUAGCAAGGGCGGAGUCGAUGCGGCUGCCGCACUCUCAUUGUACUGGUCCGAGCUUAAGGGCAAGGUCGCUGGUCUGGCACUGGUUCAGAGCCCGUAUGGCGGCACCCCAGUGGCUUCCGACAUCCUUCGAGAAGGCCAGAUCGCUGACAGGGAGACGCGGAGGAUCAUGGAACUGAUAGUGUGCAAACUAAUCAAGGGCGACAUGAGAGCUUUGGAGGACCUCACAUACGACAGGAGGAAGGACUUCAUUUCCAGGCACAGGCUCCCAGUGGACGAGCUGCCGAUCGUCUCCUUCCACACCGAGGCCAGCACCGCCCCAACGGUGCUCGCGACGCUGACCCGCAUCGCCCAGGCUGAGCUCCUCCCGCUACUCGCGGUGGCACCCCUGCCGCGAUUCCUGUCCGAGUAUGCAGAGUCAUUGCUCGCUUCUCUGAAGCUGCCCGUGGUGAUGCCGGUGUCGGCCGCAAUGGCGGCCACCGCGCUCCACCUGCGGCUGCGGUAUGGGGAGAGCAGCGACGGCCUGGUGACGCGGCGCGAUGCCGAGGUGCCGGGGUCCGUGGUGGUCAGGCCUGAGCGGAGGCUGGACCACGCGUGGCUGGUGUUCUCGACGCUGAGCAGGCGCCGCGCCGAGGCCGACGCCACCCAGGUGUGCGAGGCCCUGCUGGCCAUGCUCGUCGAGAUCGGCGGCAAGAGACGUCGCUGCCUCAUCGAGGAGAUCGUUACAUGA